AUGAAGGAAAAAUCCAAGAACGCGGCAAAGACUAGACGGGAAAAAGAAAAUGGAGAAUUCUACGAACUGGCCAAACUCCUGCCCCUGCCUUCGGCCAUCACCUCCCAGCUGGACAAGGCGUCCAUCAUCCGCCUCACCACCAGCUACCUGAAAAUUCUGCGUAAGAAAAGAACCUCAAAAAUAGCGGAGGAUCUGGGGGGAUGCUGUGAAGGCGUACCUGUCCAGCCGCGAUGGGCAGGACGGAGCAGAUUGCCACGCACGGGUGCGGCAGAGGCACGGUUCGUUCUCGAAGAGCUGCUUCGUGAGUGGCUCAAGAGUAAAUCUGCUUCGUCCUCCGGACAGUCAGGGCUCGUUUCGCGACGGUCUUUACACUGCGUAACCCCCUUUGCAGGGUUACAAUCCGACGUUUGGAGAUUGGCACUUAGCAAAUCGAACAAGGGCAAGCCGCGCAGCACCGGGACCGACCCCGUCGUUUGCGUUUGUUACCGCCUCGAGAAAGAGACGGCGGGGAUGGCUCUGCCAACCCCAAACUUUCCGCCCCGGGGGAAGCAGCGUUUCAGCAGAAAGAACGUUUUGACGGGUCCCUGGAAGUUUAGGAGCCUUCUCCAACCUGCGAACUGGGAAACGGAGGUCAGAAAAGCGCGACUUUUCGUUCGGCUUUUCGAAGCAAAUUUCCCGGAAAGUCGGAGACCCCCUGCACCACAGAGCUUGCUUUUUACCCGACGUAUUUCUCUUUUUCAGACUUUGGAUGGCUUUGUUUUCGUGGUAGCAUCAGAUGGCAAAAUAAUGUACAUCUCAGAAACAGCAUCUGUACAUCUUGGUUUAUCUCAGGUGGAGCUUACUGGUAAUAGCAUUUAUGAGUACAUACAUCCUUCUGAUCAUGAUGAGAUGACAGCUGUUCUUACUGCUCACCAGCCUCUUCAUCCUCACCUCUUACAAGAAUAUGAAAUUGAGAGAUCAUUUUUCCUGAGAAUGAAGUGUGUCCUAGCCAAGAGGAAUGCAGGAUUGACAUGCAGUGGCUACAAGGUGAUCCAUUGCAGUGGCUAUUUGAAGAUACGGCAGUAUAUGCUAGAUAUGUCUUUGUAUGAUUCCUGUUACCAAAUCGUUGGACUGGUGGCUGUAGGUCAAUCUUUACCUCCCAGUGCAAUCACUGAGAUCAAACUUCACAGUAACAUGUUUAUGUUCAGAGCAAGUUUGGACUUAAAAUUAAUAUUCCUAGAUUCCAGGGUGACUGAAUUAACUGGAUAUGAGCCCCAAGAUCUGAUAGAAAAAACCCUCUACCACCAUGUUCAUGGUUGUGAUGUGUUCCAUUUACGAUAUGCUCAUCAUCUGCUGUUGGUGAAAGGCCAAGUCACAACCAAGUACUAUCGACUACUGUCCAAGCACGGAGGCUGGGUUUGGGUACAGAGCUACGCUACUAUUGUGCAUAACAGCCGAUCAUCACGGCCUCACUGCAUAGUGAGUGUCAAUUAUGUCCUUACAGAUAUUGAGUAUAAGGAACUUCAGUUGUCACUGGACCAGGUUACCAUUUCUAAGUCACAGUUUUCAUGCAGAAACUCAGUGUCUACCUCACAGGAAACAAGGAAAAUAGUAAAACCCAAAAGUAAUAAAAUGAAGGCAAAACUCAGAACAACGCCUUACCCACAACAGCAAUACAGCUCAUUCCAAACAGACAAACUGGAAUGCAGCCAGGUGGGAAACUGGCGAUCCAGCCCUGCAGUGAACGCUGCCACCAUUCAAGAACAAAACUUUCAUUCAGAAAACAGUGAACUUUUAUAUGCCCCGUCAUAUAGCUUGCCUUUCUCCUACCAUUAUGGACACUUUCCUGUAGAUUCGCAUGUCUUCAGUAGCAAAAAGCAAAUGCUGCCUUCAAAGUUUGGGCAGUCUCAAGGAGCACCUUGUGAAGUGGCUCGAUUUUUCUUGAGUACACUGCAGACAAACGGAGAAUGCCAGUGGCAUUAUGCCAACUCCUUGGUACCCAACAGCCAGUCACCAUCCAAAAAUCUUCCUGAUCAGCCAGUGAACAUCAUCCGACAUAAUCUUGCACAGAGUUAUGAAGUGCCCGUAUCAAACAGAAGAUACAGCCAAGACGCUCUCCCUGACAACUUCACAAGCUGCACAGCACCCAUGCCAGGCAGCAGAUACAAAGAAGAGAUUUAUGAUUCUGGCAUCAUCAAACCCAACAAGGUAGAAAACAGGAUUCAGCCGCCUCACCACCUCAUUAAAGAAGAAAACAAGUUAGCUUUUAACAGAGACCUACAAGAAAAAAUGAGCAUUAAUGACAGUUCUUUUUCAAACUCAAUAGCUAACUCCUUGCUGCCAAAAUCAGAAUGUUUCCAGUCUAAAGCUAUAGGACAACUAAGUCAUCUCCUGCCAAUGCCCUCAGUAUACGAGCAAACAAGAAGGAUUUGUAUGAAAGAACCAAAAUAUGGGCAUAUCAGUCACCACGCUACAAAUCUAGAUGAACUGGACGGUGAUGAGAGGAUGACUGUAAAGCUUGAUCAUGACUCCGAAAGCGAACGUGUGAUGGAUGUCAGACCCUCUGGACAAGUUCCAUUUGUGCUUCUAAAUUAUCACCAUGUUUUAGCCAAACAUGGUACAUUUCAAACUUCAUCAUGUACAGCGACAGGACAUGUAGGAGAAAAUUAUGCAUACAAUUCUGAGGAAUUAAAUACAUUUCUUUAUAAAAACCAAAGCCCCUCAUCAGCUUCUUCUCCAGACGCCCACAAGGAAUCUGCACUACCCCAUUAUAUUGGAACUUCUGUAAUAAUAGCCAAUGGAAGGUGA